CGGAAAACGCGCAUUCAAAAAGAUAUCUGAAGAUGGAAAGAGAGAGCGAUCACGCAGGGAGAAAGCUAAAUUGCCUAGGAUCGAAAUGAGCGGAAGCAAGGGCCAAUUUAGCGAUGGAGAAACAGCCGGGGCGGUGAAGAAGAAAGGGAAGGGAAAACCAAGCCGGACGUCUAUGAUAUUGUGGCAUGCCCACCAGAAUGACGCGGCGGCGGUACGGAAACUUCUCGAAGAAGACAGAACGCUGGUCCAGGCCAGAGAUUACGACCACCGCACUCCGCUCCACGUUGCUUCCCUCCAUGGCUGGACCGACGUCGCCCACUGCUUGAUCGACUAUGGUGCCGACGUCAAUGCUCAGGAUCGUUGGAAGAAUACUCCUCUGGCUGACGCUGAAGGGUCAAGAAAGCUUCGCAUGAUUGAGUUAUUGAAGUGUUAUGGCGGUCUAUCAUAUGGGCAAAAUGGAAGUCAUUCUGAACCAAGAUCUGUUCCACCACCUCUACCAAACAAAUGUGAUUGGGAGGUUGAUCCUUCUGAGUUGGACUUCUCAAACUCUGUUAUUAUUGGGAAGGGGUCAUUCGGCGAGAUACUUAAAGCCUAUUGGCGUGGAACUCCGGUUGCUGUAAAACGAAUUCUUCCAAACCUCUCGGAUGACCGUUUGGUGAUUCAGGAUUUCAGGCAUGAGGUAAAUUUGUUGGUCAAACUUCGUCACCCAAAUGUGGUUCAAUUUCUUGGAGCUGUUACUGACCAAAAGCCUUUGAUGUUGAUUACAGAGUAUUUAAGAGGGGGUGAUCUUCAUCAGCACCUCAAAGAGAAAGGUGCUCUUAGCCCAUCUACAGCUGUCAACUUUGCAAUGGACAUAGCUAGAGGCAUGACUUAUCUUCAUAACGAGCCUAAUGUUAUUAUUCACAGAGACCUAAAGCCAAGGAAUGUUCUUCUAGUUAAUUCAAGUGCGGAACAUCUAAAAGUAGGAGACUUUGGAUUAAGCAAGCUCAUCCGUGUUCAAAAUUCACACGAUGUGUACAAAAUGACAGGCGAAACUGGAAGCUAUCGGUACAUGGCUCCUGAAGUUUUCAAGCACAAGAAAUAUGAUAAGAAGGUGGACGUUUUCUCAUUUGCUAUGAUACUAUAUGAGAUGCUAGAAGGUGAUGCACCAAUGUCCAACUGUGAAGCAUACGAAGCAGCUAAAUAUGUAGCAGAUGGACACCGACCCACUUUCCGAGCAAAAGGAUUUAUACCUGAACUAAAAGAACUAGUUGAUCAAUGUUGGGCAGGAGAUAUGAAUCAAAGGCCUUCUUUCUUAGAGAUCAUGAAGAGGCUAGAGAAAAUAAUGGAAAUUCUACCUCCAGACAAUCAUUGGAACAUUUUUACUUCAUAAUACAACCAAGCCAAGGUUUCCCACCCCAUAGCUAGAUUCAAUACUUUAUGUUAUAUAUAUAUAUAUAGUAUAUUUAAACCAAAGUAAAACUUGUUUGGAGAGAACCAACACAAAAAAUAUAUAGUUAAUUUAUUAUUGCAUAGGACAUGUUUCUUUUCAUUUAUUGUAUUGAUCAAAAGUUGAUCAAAACAUUCUAUAUUGUUGCGUUGGAGGAUACAAUCAUAAGAAGUUGUUAUGUCGCAGUUGA